AUGCAUCCGCAUCGACCCCUCUAUGACUCUCACACCGAAAACACUCCGGCGGGACAGCGUCACGUCGAGAUGAGAGACACGCUCGUCGGCCCAUCCGAUCGUCGAACGUCUCAAAUGCAAGUAACGGGCUUGCCGCAAGGUCACAUGGAAGCCAAACUUGGUUACGACUAUGCAAACCCUCAGAGAAUGCGCCCAAAGUCACCGCUGCUUUCGCCCACCUCGUCGCGUGACCAUCUUCAGUUGAGCUCAGCUCAGCCACCACACGACUACCGAUCCAUGCCAUCCGCCUCUCGGUUCCCACCCGAGCAUGUGCGCCUUCCUCAACCGCCGUCUCACCCCGAAUUCCCUUACGACAGCUAUCAGUUCACUCAUCCCGAUCAGCCCGAUCGUGAAACGUAUCCCGAGCAGAGCUCUCCUCGCUACCCAGCUCUACCUCGUCGCGUAUCUCCCUACGAUGACCCACCAGACGCUCGGUACCGUCACCAUCCACAGCAACAGCGGUCGCCGCCUUACCACGAGUAUGGCCAUCCGCGUCGAUCCGAUACUAUCAUCCCUCCGUCUCCGUCUCCGUCUCUGUCGUACCCUCAGCAUUCCGGAUAUGCAUAUCGACAUGCUCGUGCCAAUGACGCUUCCGGGGCUCCAGAGCGUCACAGUCUGCCAAAUCUUAGAGACUCUAAUGGCUUUGUCGAAAGCAUUCCAAUCUCAGACGAGUUCGCUAAGCGCAGCUCCUAUUCCUCCGACCACGUAAGCUACCCGCAGAAGUCUUUGGCUCGCGAUCACUGGCACGCCUUUGAUCAGCGUAGAGAUUCCACCGGGCCUUCUCGACCUUCCACCUCGACCUCUUCCAAUCCCACAGUCUGCACCUCAACGCCGACCCGUUCUGCACCAUCUUGCUCCUCCUCCUCCUCUCGAAAGCGUAAGAAGCAAUUCAAGUAUAUGCUCGAGCACGACGCUCCUGACGCGUCCAAACCCAACAGUAUGGGCACCAUCGAGGAAGACCGAGACCGAGACCGAGAUCGAGACCAAUUCGACCAGCUCGAGGCCGAUGUAGAAGCGGAGGGGGCUUCCCAACGCAAAGAGAGCAGGAAAAAGGUCAAAAAGGCAUGCAUCUUUUGCAAGCGUAGCCACAUGCCUUGCGAAGAGGCUAGACCGUGCAAGCGCUGCGUCAAACGCGGCAUCUCGCAUCUCUGCAGGGACGCCGAGCCGGCUAAUGCUUCGAGCGCAGCAACCACGUCUACUUCGACGACCAAGAACAAGUUUGGCGAGGCGCGCCAACAAGCACGCACAAGGCGUAGCAAGCAAGAAGACGGCGCACGUAGCAACAGUCAGCACACUGGUGAGACCGAGUCGGAAUCCGAUUUGGAAAGCUUGGCUUCUUCGGGGGCCUCAUCCAAGCUCCACCGGACUGGAACAGACUUUCGACGCCCAGACAUGAACACUAUGCCUGGCGCCGCGGUGCGCGAUCCUGACAUACGGCCAAGCUUGCCAGUCUCGGCACUUUUGAGCUCCACAAGGGUGGAGCUAGCACGCCGUUCUGUCAAGCGUUCGCCCUCGCCCGGGGUUACCGAACAGGAACAGAAAGAAGCCUGGAACAGGUCCAUGGACCCUCCCACGCAGCACAAAAUGAUGCAGAUGCUCGAAGCAGGUCCUACAGCCGAAGACCUCAGUGACAUUUUCGGCGAGAUGCCCACUUCGUUGCUCAUGACGCCGGCCAUGGCCAAUGCUCCCGACGGUCAGUCUAUCUUGCGUCCUGCGUCGGCUGGCCUGCCUGACUCACUUAAUCGGCGUGGUAGCGAAGCCAAGGACGGCCAACAUCGCUGCAAACGAUCGCUCUCCCAUCCCUUUUCUAGAGAGCAAGCUCAAGUGGAUGAAGCCGGGUUCAAACUGCCCCCGCGUCCGAAGCAUUUGCUGCAAGAAGAAAUGGCUACCACUUCGGAAUUGCGUGGUGGUCCACCCACCUACUCAUACACGUACGGUUAUGCCAAGUUAGCGCGAUGGAUGCACACACGAUUCUCUCGCGCCAACUGCGAAAAAGUGGAUCGUAGCCUUUCCAUGAUCCGGCCGAAGCUGAUGGCCAUCUCGCACAGUCUGCCGGAGGAAGAGCUUAUCAGUGUCGAGGAUUCCUUCUACCGCUUGCUAGACUUUUACACUCAGAACGUUCUCGAGACUAUCCCAGUUCCGAUGAUCGUGGCUCGACGAACCGGCGAGAUCUACGCCGCCAACUCUCAUGCCUGCAAGCUUCUGCAAUUGCCCGCGUCGUUGUUUGAAGGGGGACAGAUCUGUCACUACCAGUUAGUCACCGAGCAAGAUUCGGUGUCUAUGUGGGACAAGUACGCUCAGGAAGCAACGGGCAGAUUGGAAGCUCCCCCUAGUCAGACGGCGAUGCUCGAGGUGGAUCGGAGCUUGCUGUUGUUCAACAAACCAGGAUUCAAUCCUAGGACACGCGAAUUGUUGGGUGAUGGCGUGUGCGAGGAUGGAAGCGAGGUCGUCGUCAGGAGAAAGGUGAUCGUCACCUUUGAGGCAAAGAUAAGCAAGCAUGGCUUGCCGUUCAUGGUCACUGGCACUAUUGUGCCUAUUCCGGAUGACGAAUGA